UUUAUUUUUGACUUUGGUCUACCGCAAUUUGCGGAAUCGACAAAUGCUUCGGCACGUUUUCCAAAAUUCUUAAAUCGGCUAAGCGGGUGAAAGAUUGACGCGUCACCAAAGGAAGAUGCUGCUAAUAAAUGCCGUGAAGGGUGGAAGAAGGACACAAGUAAAAAUGCUUCUAAAAGUUGGCGUAGAUGUUAAUGAAGUUGACGAAGACGGACAAACGGCCCUAAUACACUCCUGCUUUCUCUAUGACUUCCGCACGCGAAUGAAGAUUUUAAAAUGUUUAGUUGUUGCGGGCGCAACCCUUAACAAGAAGGACAACUAUGGACGCACAGUACUUUCGUGGGCUUGUCUGCAGGGAAAACUUGAAGUGGUUAGAUUUCUUUUGAAUGAUCCGCUUUGUAUGGAUUUAAGGAUCAAUAUCACUGAUAAGGAUGGGAACAAUACUCUCUUACUCUCUGUAAUGUCUGGCAAUUUUUUAGUCGUUAAAAUGAUGGUAGAGGCAUUAAGAGGCACGGCGAGAGCAAGUGAACUUAAUAAAGCUAACAACGUUGGUAUGCAGCCGUUAAUAGCUGCUUUCAUUCGCGGUGAUAAAGUUUGCGCUCAGUUUCUCAUAAAACAAGCAGGAGCUUCUUUUUCAAGUGUGCUUAAGUACCUGAGAGCCCUUCAGAACGAUUCAGUCAAGUUUUGUACAAGAUCAGCGCUUUUGUUUGACUCUUCAAGAACUGAUUUCCAUAUUGAUCGUGAACAAACAAAAAAAAUUUUGGCAGAUUUCACUGAAGAAGACAUUUUUGAGUUUCUGUUUGCAAAGGAUAAAGAUACGCACGACGCACAGACAAGCAAAACUGAAGAAUUUCAGAGUGACAAGAAAGACGCUGCCACGCAGCAACAAAGUCAUAUCGUAAAGUCUAGAUUAAGAAAAUUGGGGUCUGUUUUAGUUAUUCCACAGGAACAGUCAAUUUCAGCGCAGUCAUUAUUCACAGAAGACGCCAACGAAAUGAAAUUUCUCGAAAACCCAGUGAACAGCGCUUUCGCAACAUUAGCUGAUCAAAAAAGGUUGACACAGGGCUCCAACUUAUCCUCGCGCUUGUCGGUUCAAAAACUAUUGACACUUUAUGCUGAGCAGAACUCACCCUCGUACAGACAAGGUUUACCUAUACGCAGAUACACUCCUCCCCAACCCGCGAUCGUAAACGAAUCUAGCGGAGAUUGCGACACCCGGCGCUCAAGUCUGCUUCCAUUGGGCGAGACCGAACGACGGGUUCAGGCGUUUGCGGAGUCGAUGGCUGGGUCGUCAUCAGGCCUUCUUGGUGAAUCUAUGAUAGAUCAGCAUCUACGUUUGAAAUACGCGCGUAAUUCAAGAGCCACCAGCAUGCAAGUUCCGAGGUUACCGUCCCUUUCUAAUGCAGGACGGGGGAGAGUCAAACGGACCAAGUCGUCGACUAUUAUGUCUGUCAAACCAUUCUAAGGGAACACCAGCUAGUAGUCCAGAAAACAUGACGAAAAUAAGACAAUUACAAAAAAUAUUUGUGCCAUCCCAAAACCGUUUUUUAGUAGUUACAAUACGUAUCGUUCCCAAGACAACUUUACUUAACGGCGCACAGGAAGGGUUUCAGCUUUCGACUGCAAGAGCAUUUCCAGUUAUGGUACAUUAAAGUCUAAACGACACCAUGUAUCUCGAUACCUUGCUUCUGGAUGUCUAACAACAAAGAAUUCAAAAUGAUCCUCUCUU